CUAGCAACGAGUGGCCUCAAUGAAACAAAUUCCUGAGGCUGCGGCGGAGGCUGAGGCCGCGGCAGAGGCAGAGGCCGUGGCUCCACAGCCAGAAAUACUAUGGGAGACCACAGGCUGCCAGGGAGCCAGGCCCGUCGGACACUAAAGCCAACAUCUCAGGGCGCUUCUGCCAAGUCUUCGUGGAAAGACUCUUCCAAGUGUUUUUCAAAGCACAAGAAAGAGCAGCUGAGGUUCCCCACCUCCAUGGAGAACCAGCACCGACUCUAUGGUAAGGAACGGUCAGAUGACUUCAGGAAAAGCAGGACAUGGAGUGAAGGGCUGACCCCACGCAGCAUGGAGGGUACAGUUUUCCCAACUAUUGCUCGCGGAGUAUGUAGUCCCAUCGCCAACAAGAAUCAACAGAAGUCAGCUGAUGAUUCAGGACUGUUAUAUCCGCUUUUGACAGUCCAGCCAACACAUAGAACCUUCUGGGAUGACAUAGGUAGCCGCCACCAACAGCUGCUUGCUCCGUGGCCUAGAGGAGAAGAUAGUUCCGCAGACAUAUUAAUUAAAAUGCUGGAAACACCGAAGUCUAAACGGAUGCUGGAAACUAAGUGGCCGUAUUGGGAAGAUCACAGGGAAGCAACCAAGCAGCCCACCACCUCUGCCAAACAGUCUCAAGGAAAAUUCGAUCUCGACCAUCACAAGCUUCCCUGGUCAUGUGAAGGCACUUGGCUCCAUGAUGGCAAACACAGAGGACAGGAUAUGCUUAGCUCUAUUUAUUACAAAUACAUAUACAAAGGAGGGAAUGACGAAUGGGCUGAGACCUAUAGAGACUCCAUACAUCAUUUUGACACAGGAUAUGACAACCAGUCAAGCUGUGAAGAGUCAUCUGUCAGGAGAACUGAUCUGUGUAAUUUUGACAUCAAGUAUGGUAGGAAAGCCAGCAAAGAGAAGGACACACCAUUAUCUAAACAGGAAUCCAGCUUUGUUAUAAAACUCCAAACCCCACCAGAUCUUUACAGACCCAACAAAUACACCAGGUAUGAAUCACCAUUUCUGAAAGCCAACCAGUUGAAAACAAUAGGGGAAGAAACUGCUCCCAAUGAACUUGAACUUCAAGGUGAAAACCCAGAGACCACUGAGCAAGCCUAUGACCCAACGGACUGGAAGUACUUUAUAAGCAAGGAUGACACUACACCAAGCACCCUUGAGCAGAUGUUUAUGAAGAAAAGAUGGGGUUGUGAAUGUACUAGUCCAACAUCAAAAAUGUUUCGAGAUUAUUAUUGGAUCGUGGAUUCAGAUGAUGACGACGACGAUGAUGAUGAUGAAGAAGAAGAGGAGGAAGAAAAGUUGAAGGAACAGCAGACAGAAAAUAAGUAGAUGACUUUCUAAUUAUAACUCAUUUGGCUAUAUCCAGUUCUCAUUUUACACAUCAAUCAAGGUAUACAUCAUGAAAUAAUUCUCACUGAACUUCUGCCUUGCCUUCACAUAAUAUGUUACUGUAUCAACUAUAGGAUGAAUAUUCACAUGUAGCUUUUCAACAUCUUUAUUGCAUUGAAGAUAUUACGUUGUUACAUUAAACAGUAAUAGGAAUGCAUAAAACCAUGAAUAAAACCAGCUAGUAUUAGGAAGAUCCCAGGAUGACACUAAUAAUGUAAGAAGAAUCUCAUAAAACCGCAAUUGCAAGAAAAGGAGACUUGCGCAGCUCUCUGUGGAUGAAGACGUAAUGAAAUAACUAGCAAUUGUUUUGUCAACCGAAACUUGAAAUCAAUAGCCAAAUAAAUGUGAAUUCA